AUGGUCAGCUCCUGUUGUGGCUCCAUCUGCUCUGACCAGAGCUGUGGCCGAAGUCUCUGCCAGGAGACCUGCUGCCGCCCCAGCUGCUGCCAGACCACCUGCUGCAGGACCACCAGCUGCCGCCCCAGCUGCGGCGUGUCCAGCUGCUGCCGCCCGGUCUGCUGCCAGCCCACCUGCCCUCGCCCCACCUGCUGCAUCUCUAGCUGCUACCGCCCCUCCUGCUGUGUUUCCAGCUGUGGUUCCAGCUGCUGCAGGCCUACCUGCUGCAUCUCCAGCUGCUGCAGGCCCCAGUGCUGCCCGCCUGUCUGCUGCCAGCCCACCUGCUCUAGCCCCACCUGCUGCAUCUCUAGCUGCUGCCGCCCCUCUUGCUGUGUUUCCAGCUGUGGUUCCAGCUGCUGCAGGCCUACCUGCUGCAUCUCCAGCUGCUGCAGGCCCCGCUGUUGCCAGUCUGUGUGCUGCCAGCCCACCUGCUCCCGCAUCUCCAGCUGCUGCCGCCCGAGCUGCUGCCUGCGCCCAGUGUGUGGCCGGGUCUCCUGCCACACCACUUGCUAUCGGCCCACCUGUGUCAUCUCCACCUGCCCCCGCCCCGUGUGCUGUCCCUCCUCUUGCUGCUGA